AGUAAAAGAUCGUGCUAAGUUUUAGAGGGCGUUGAUGGAUUUGGCCUUAUUUUUUUUUUCUAAGAAUAAUACAAUAAGUAUUGAUAUUUACGAAAUAUCCCCUUGUUAUUAUCGAAUGGGAAAAAUAUAAAAAAUGCUAUAACCCCAUAAUCACUUCUCAAGUUUUUUCAGUUUAAUUUUCUUCACAGUCGAAAUUGUUGAGUGCAGAAGAUGACAGUUCUUUCAAAUUCACUGGUUUUAACCAAACCAACAAGCCCUUCUCUCUAUUUAUCUUCUGGUUCUUGCUUGAAGUCACUAGACCAGAAUGUUAGUGCUACCAAAUUGUCCUUUGGUCCAAGUUACGGAGGAAAAACAUAUUCUUCUAAAAGAUCAUUGACCAUUCAAGCUUCAUACAGUGAUGGUGGAAGGCCAAGUGGAAGCGGUGCUGGUAUCUUUGUUGGUGGCUUUGUUUUGGGAGGAUUAAUUGUUGGCACACUUGGUUGUGUGUUUGCACCUCAGAUCAGCAAGGCAUUAGCUGGAACUGAUAAGAAGGACCUGAUGAGAAAAUUGCCCAAGUUUAUAUAUGACGAAGACAAAGCAUUAGAGAAACAACGCAAGAAGCUUGCUGAAAAGAUUGACCAGCUGAACUCAGCCAUUGAUGACAUCUCCACUCAGUUGAGGUCAGACGACAGACCAAAUGGAGCUGCUGUGAACUCAGAUGAUGUUGAAGCUGUUGUAUAAGAACAUUUCUAUCUUCUUAAUGUCAAGUCAGUUGAGGACAUUGAAUAUAUGGGAAUAUCCUUAGUUCAGUUUUGAUGUUUUUGGUAAUUGCUACAAUAUAAUAUCCCAAUUGAGGAACGCCUUGUGAUUUUGUAUGUUUCUUCUGUUUUCUAUUGACAUGAACUCUUAAACUUUA